AUGGAUUGUCCACCGGCGCCACCAUCGAGUGCUUCAUCGGAUGACCUCGAGGGUCCAUGCAAAAAGCAACGAUUAGCCGAGAAACUCCCAUGCCCGCCCAGCGACCUCAUUUCUAGUCACAUCCCCCUGCCCGAUCACGUGGCCAACAACAAUAACAGCAUCAAGAUGUCACCACCGGCCGGCUGUAGUCGCUCAAAUUGUACUACCGGCCGGCCGGAUGGUGGUGCCUGUGCCCAAAAACGCUCAAUGGAUGACGUCCUUAGGCGACUAACUAACAAAAUGCGCGGCAGUUCGCUGCGUGAAGGUGGUAUGGAGCCACAAAAUAACAACAAUAGCACCUCUAGCAAUUUAAAUAUCUGCAGCAAUGGCGGCGCCACGAAACGACCUGGUAGUCAUGAAGAACCACCAUCGGCACCAUAUGCGCUCAUUGACAGCCCCGAUUACCGGACGGCCGACACACUACUUGGAUGCUACCCCGGUAGUGUCCAGGAGAAGGAGCGUAAACUCAACGAGAUGAUCCUACAGCUGCAACUUGUCAGGGAUCAUCUGAUAAAUCAGCAGCAUCACACAGAGAGGACUGUCGCCCCGGCUCCAUUGGAUUUCACAGCAGCGGAAGCACCCCCUGAAACAUCCCGCUUUGGUGGAACAUCCCCGAAGAAUCCCCUGCUAUUCCUGCCCUACCUACGACCACCGUACCCUGCACCAACACCCGUUUGGGAUUCAGCAGCCCAUUUGGCGCACAUCUCAGCCGCUGCUGCAGCCGCGGCUCUCGUGGACGUACCACCAGCACGUGAAUCCCCCUCACCACCACGUUCCACGUCACCACCAGCAUCACCACGCCGUCGGGUGCCACCCCUACCCGAUCCCGAUGCCCCACUCAAUCUAACAAAGCCCAAGGGCACAUCGCCCGGGCUGGAGCCACCCCCUGCGACGCCCCCACGCUUCUACGGUGCCCCCACGAAGGCCUACCCCGAGGAGCCAGACUUCCUCAAUGUGUGUCGAAUGUGGGCGUCUGAGCAUAUGGGUGCUAAACCCAUGGCACCACCACCUGAUGAGGAUAAAAAUCGACUUGCACGGCGACGAGAACCGCCGCCGCGCGAAGAACGUCCCGAUCCCGCCAAGCCACACAUUAAGCGUCCCAUGAAUGCCUUCAUGGUGUGGGCUAAGGAUGAACGAAGGAAAAUUUUAAAGGCCUGUCCGGAUAUGCACAACAGCAACAUUAGCAAAAUUCUGGGUGCCCGCUGGAAAGCCAUGUCAAAUGCGGAAAAACAACCCUACUACGAGGAGCAAUCAAGGCUAUCAAAGUUGCACAUGGAGCAGCAUCCGGACUACCGCUACCGGCCACGGCCGAAGCGUACGUGCAUUGUGGACGGGAAGAAGAUGCGAAUAAGUGAGUACAAGAUGCUAAUGCGAAGCCGACGAGCUGAAAUGCGGCAAUUGUGGUGCCGUGACACCGGCGGCCCCGAAGGGAGUCAAUUCAUGGGCGACAUGGCGGGUGCAUCGGGUGGUUCCGGGUCCCCAAAUGGUGCCCCAGUACCACCAAGCGCCACGGCAACGUACUUCUAUCCGCCGGACAGCCUAUCACCCGGCGCCUUUUCCGCUGCUGAUGCCAGCAGAGAUGAUGACUGAGCCCACCAGGGUGUGCGCCAUGCCCCCUAUUUUUUGCUGAGAUUUUAGACGUGCCAUGUGAAGCGUUAAUUCUUUUUUUUUUUGUUUUGGAACAUCCCCAAGAUUUUUGAGAAGAACGAUAGAAAGAAUAGAAGGAAGAAAAAACAUUCUGAGAGUGAAAAAAUCAUUGAGCAAAACACACAAAAAAUGAGUAAUUUCUAGUUAAAAUGUAAGGAUUCUUAAAUUAGCUAAAAAAGAAAAGUUCUUAAAAAUAGUUAAGGCCACCCCCACCCCUGAUCCUUUCUUCUCCUUAAGUCCUAUUCCCCCUGUACCUUCAGCUCCCUUAAUUGAGAAUUAUAUACAAUAUAACUUGUAGGAAUCAACUGUGUCUAGUAUAUAAUGUGACAGAUAUAGAGUUAUGAUGAAAAUAAAUAGGUAGAUUAGGCCAUAUUGGGAUGAUGUUGGAAAAAUAAGCGUCUCACCGUAUAAUUCAAAAAAAUCUCUGAAAACUCUUCAAUGCAAUUGGAAGAUUUUGAAAACCUAAACAAAUCUCCUGAAGAAAUCAUUUUAAUCCGAUUAACGGUUUUCUUUAUUUUUCAAUUUGAACGAUUUUCUAAUGCCAAGAUUUAAAAAUUCAUUACUCCCCUAAGAAAUUUCUUAUUUAAAGAAUUUUUUGAGGCUUUUCAACUCCUUAGAAGGCAUCAUUACAAAAAAUUCUUUAAAGGUGUUAUUUUUCAAUUUAAACUUUUUUUCUAAUUCUCAGAUUUAAAAAUUCAUAACUCCUCUUAUUUACAUCCGAUUUUUAUGAAGUAAAUUGCAUUUGAAAGGUCUCUUAAAGCUCUUCAACUCCCUUAGACUCCUAGACUCCUUAGACUGUUAUUUUUCAAUUAAAAACGAUUUCAACGAUCAAAACCUAUGUUCAAAAUUUAAAUAUUAAUCAGUGCAUGGAGACAAAUUGCAUCAUCCCAAAAAUUGUUAGGACAAAUUCCCACGGGAGCCCCAUUUGUGGCUCUUUCGAGCGAGAGAGAAUUAUAUAAAUAAAAAAAGUAUUUAUUACAUUAUCGUGCAUAGUGAGAAAGUAUAUAAAUAAAACUAAGAGAGGUGGGGAAAUAGUAAGGCAUUAGAGUAAAUAGUUACAUGACAAAUACGAGAAUACGGCGUUAGAUAAAAAGAAAAAGAUGAUUAAAGAAAAAAAAAAGAAAAAAAAACCUCAAAAAAGGACUAUGGGUGAACCUAUCUGCAAUAUUUAUUGCCUCCACGACUCUCCCUCCCAAUGCCAUGUUCAUUCCGCCAUAUUUUUUUUUUAUUCGUACCAACUCCCGCCAUCUUUCACAUUAAACGUGCAAUGUGUUUUUUUUUGUUUUUUGUUAGAAGAAAAAUAUAUAUUAUAUUUUUUAUAUAGACAGUACUCUUCUCUCUCACACUGAUCUUUGUAAAACUCUUCGAAAUGUUUUGUUUUUUAUAGUAAAAAGGAUAAAAAAAAACUUUUUUAGGCUCUCUCUGUUUUCUCUGGAUGCGCUAAUAUGUAAACUCUCUCUUUUUUUUCAUUUCUGUGCCAAAUUAUAGACAUAUAUAUUAUAAACAUAUAUUAAAAGAAAAAUCAAACAUUUCAAGUAAAAAUAGUGGAACAAAUUCA